CAAUUUCGCCCUAUUCUGCAAAAAUUCGAAGGAAGGAAAAAAAAAAUUGUAAAUACGGAAGAAAUUAACGCGGGGGAGGAAAAGGAUCACGAAGAGCGCAACCAUCGAAAUUUCUUCGUCUCCUUCUUCUUCCUCUGAGUGCAGAUCGAGUAGGUGGUUCCGGAAUUUUGUAGAAGAGAAAGAUUGUGGUUUCCAGUUUGGGUUGAAGUUCAUACCCUAUUUAUUUCUAAGGCGGAAAAUAUUGGGGGAAGAAGAACUGAAGGAUCUUCGUAAUUUUUUCGGUACAAUUUGAUUUAGAAAUGGAUUCAUGAGCUGAGGAAUCUGAUAGUAUUUAUUGGAUUUGGAUUUGGAUUAGUGGUUGUAGACGUUCCUCUCGGUAGCCUGCUUAAGUGUGCAGUGUUCGAGGAGCAUAUGGGAAGGGGAGACAAGUUCAGUUGUAAAAGAAAUUUGAAUAAAAGGGUUAGAUCGAAUGAUAAGGGAUCAGAUGAAUCAGAUGAGGAUUAUGUUGUAUCUGACGAGGAGGAAGAAGAAUCUGAAGCUGAUUUAGAAGAAUAUCGCUCAUCUUUAGACGGAGGUGAGUCGGAAGAGGGUUUCAAUGGCGCGGAGGAAGAGGAGUUAUAUGAGCUGGAGGAGGAGAAUGUGAGGCAAAGGAGUUUCGGAAGGCCAAAAAGAAUAGAGGGUCACCGUGCUGAUCGGAAAAUUGGGGGAAAGAAAUCGAGAAAGAUGAAUAAGGUGGUGUCUGAUGAUGAAGAGGAGGAGGAGGAAGAUAGGAUGGAUUAUGAGGAAGACGAAGGGGAAGAAUUGAGUUGGAAAACAAAGGUUGGAAAGCCAAAGGCCAAGAAAGAAGAUGAAGAUGAUGACUAUCAGGAGGGGGAGGAUGACGAGGAGGAGGAGGAGGAUGAUGGUAAUGAAGAAGAAGAGAUAUACAUGGAAAUGGUCAAGAGUGAAAAAGUGGAUGAAGGUUCCUUGCAUAAUAGCGAAAACGGAUUGGUAAUGUUGGGGGAGCGGGAUGAUGUGCGGUAUGAGACAGGCGAAGAAGAUGAUGGAGACUAUGAGGACGAGGAUGAUGACGAUGAUGAAGAAUUUACCCCUGAUGAAUAUAUUUCGCUAGAAGAGGAAGAGGAAGAAGAGCUAGUUGUGGCUAGCAAAAAGAAUAAAACUUUGAAAUCGUGUAAGACAAGUAAGCGAAAAAGGACAACUGGAGGAUGUAAAAGGAGGAAAAAGAGAAUCUCAGUUGCAAGACCUCGUUUACCAAAGGGAGGAAAAAGGAAGCGUGGGCGGAAAAGAAAGGAAAGGUCUGAUGAUGAGAAUGAUGAUCUUGUAGAUGAUUAUGCAUUUGCAAGAAAGAAGUCCAAAAAGAAACCUUCCAAGGGGAGGGGCCGAUAUGCCGUGGCAUCAGAUUCAGAUUUUGUGUCCUCCGGGGAAUCUGGUUAUGAGUACACAAUCUCGGAGGAGGAGAGAGAGCAGGUAAGAGAAGCCAGCAAAUUACUGAGUACCACCUCUAGGGCUGUAUCGUCCUCAAGACAAACUCAGGUCGCCGAAGAUUUGCCUCCCAUUCGGAAAUCUCUGGUGAAGAAAGGUAAAGAGAAGCUAGAGGUGGUGAAAAUGGAAGUCAUAAAGCAUGUCUGUCUGAUUUGUCUAUCUGAGGAAGACAGGCGCAGACUGAGGGGCACUCUAGACUGUUGCAGUCACUAUUUCUGUUUCACCUGCAUAAUGGAGUGGUCUAAAGUAGAAUCCCGUUGCCCAUUGUGCAAGCAGCGGGCUUGUUUGAGAGAAGUUGUGAUACCCGUACCUGAACGCGAUCAGGUCUAUCAACCGACUGAAGAAGAGCUCAGGAGUUAUCUUGAUCCUUAUGAAAAUGUAAUUUGCACAGAAUGCCGCCAAGGUGGAGACGAUGGGCUUAUGUUGCUCUGUGAUCUAUGUGAUUCGUCUGCUCAUACUUACUGUGUUGGUCUUGGUCGGGAAGUACCUGAAGGAAACUGGUAUUGUGAAGGUUGCAGAUCCGUUGCUCUAGGUUCGCCUACCUCCCGGGCCCAUGGGAUUCCGUCUGAGCUAAGAACAACCAACGGCUGGUACAAUAGACCAUCACCACCUGUAAUUCCCGUUGUUUCUCUGGAAGCUUCUCUGCUAACCUCCCCUCGUACGCCAUUUUUCCAUGGAUUUGAGAACAUUUUGUCCCCAAGGCUUCCAAAUGGUGAUGUUCUAGGAUCUUUUCCAUCUGGUUCAGGGACACCCACGUUAUCAAGGAGACGCUCACUUCAUCGACACAUACAAAAUAUAAUCAAUAGCAAUAGGCUUAACAGUAUGGCUGGUAGAACUGAUGGAACGUCGGUUGCUAACUCAAGUAAUGGGUUUGCGGCUGUGCAUAUUGAUCAUGGCAGGGAAUCAGAAUCCCCUCAACCCGUGAAAACUCACGAAACGAGUAUGCCAUUGUGUACAAUCAUCGAGGAAAGAGAAAGGGAUAACAAUAGGUCGUCUUCUAUUAGCGGAACUGAGCUUGUGUCUUCAAGGCCUGAUCAUUUGAGAAGAGAAGAGGCUGUUCGAAAUCCAUCUAAUAGUUCAUCGGGACUGUGGCCUGGACUUGCUGACGCUGGUCCCGUGGCUUGUAAUCGGCAACAUCAGCUCGGCUACUUGCCAAACACAGUGUCUGUCUUUAGAGUGACACCAGAAGGAGAUCGCUCCAUAGAAAGGGAACAACUGCAACUAACAGUUACAACCCAUCUGAAGAACUUAUCCAGACAAAUCGACUUAGGACAAGCAACGUUCAACGAGAUUGCCACGUGUUCGAUACACACGAUACUCGCGGCCUGUGGACUCGAGCACCGGAGCAGUGAAGUACAUGUUGUCACGCCGCCGGUGACGUGUCCCCAUGGUGGCGGCAUUGCCGUAGAGAUGGGCAGCAGCAGCAUGAUGAAAGGCUGUUGCUCUUCUUGUUUUGAUUCUUUUGUAAAAGAUGUUGUUAAGACCAUCAUGGAGACAAGACAACCCCAUUGGUUGAGUUUAGGUCUUUAGAUCUUCCUUUAGAUUUUUUAGAAUUAUAAAUUUAUAUUUUUUUUUCAUAUAAAUUUGGUACAUUCAGAUUCAAGAUUUAUCCCUUCUGUUGUCUAAUUUGUUCCGUACGGCUACACGUUUCAUUUUCCUUUA